AUGUUUUCUACAGUGCUGGCCCUCGUUAAACCAUAUUUGAGUAUCUUUGUGAUAAAUAUGACCUUAAUACUCUUCAAAUUCUCAACAAAAAGUUUAAUGAAAGUUAUCUUCCAUAAUUAUUACAAAGUGCUCAAGCAAGAGACAGAAAGCUUAGUUAUAGUAUAAUAGGAUUAUUUUCAAAAGCAAAGACUAGCAAUGAUUGACAUAAAAAACGAAAAAUUCAUAGAAUUUGAGCGUUUCAAAGAACUAAAUCAUAACGCUUGUAAUUUAUUAGUAUAUCGUGGUUGGGCUUUCAUUCAGCAAAACAAUAAAAAUAGAGAAAUUUCAAUGUUCAAUUUAUUGACUUAAGAUUUAAAGAUGUUAGCUGGGUUGAACUAUUUCUAAUAAAGCGUCUCUAGAUUAAUGAUAAAUGGCUAGGGUAAACUACAAAUUGUUGUUUAAGCCUUUGAAAGGCUUAGAAGAGGUGAUGAACAUUCUACAAACAUAUUUACAUCAAUUAAGAGAAUUAGUGAUAUCACUCCAGUAGAGGGUUUAUAUUCUUAUGAGGAUCAUUUUAAUUUAGAGCGAGAUACUAAUGAUUAUGUUGGUUGCUAAGGAUAUCAUACUUUUUGUAUAGACUAGCAAAAUGGAAUCUAUCUGUACCUAGCUACUAAAUCUAAUGAAAUUUGCCUUUAAGGUCAAAUUUUGAGAACUAAUAAGUUAAACUAAAAUGAACAAAAAUGGACUUCUACAACUAUAACCUAAAUUGAGACACUUGAUGCUAUUAAAAAAUAUAUCUUGAUUUUAUUUGAAGGUUAGGCUUUUGAAUAGAAUUAGAUUUUAAUCAGUGGAAAAGGUUUGUUUCAAUUUCAAUGA